AUGCAUCUGCACAGCGGCAUGCACCGCAAGCCAACCCCCGGGCGCCCGGCAGUGGCGCUGGGCGGGAGGUCCGCACUGGGGCGACGCCCGGUGCACUGCGCCGCUGCAGCGGCGGCAGAGGCGGCCCCCAAAAACGGCAAGAACGUCGUGGUCAUUGGCGGCGGCUGGGCGGGCUUUGGGGCUGCCAAGCACCUGUCUGAGCAGGGAUACAACGUCACCCUCCUGGAGGCGUCCCUGAACCCUGGCGGCCUGUCUGGCGGCUUCAGGACCAAGGAGGGCAAGGUGGUCGAGGCGGGCAUGAAGGGAUUUUGGUACGAAUACCAGAACCUGUUUGCCCUCAUCCGCGAGCUCGGCAUCCCGUGGCCGCUGACUGACUGGACAACUUCCGCUUUCUGGAGCCCCAAGGGGCUGACGACAGAGGCGCCGGUGUUCAGCAAACAGCAGCAGCUGCCCACGCUGUUCGGGCAGUUUGUGCACACGGCAGGGCUGCAGUGGAGCUUGCCGUUGGAGGAGCGCCUGACCAUGCUGCCGUUCCUGACCACCCUGCUGGACUACAAGUCCAGCCCAGAGGUCUUCGAGAGCUAUGACAAAAUGAGCGCCCGGGACCUCUGCCGGCAGUGGGGCAUGUCAGAGCGCAUGCCCGCAUCGACCCUGACCCCAUCAAUCCCCCCUCCCCGCCAGUACAACGAGUUCCUGCGUCCCACCCUGCUGGUGGGCCUGUUCGCGCCGCCCGAGGACAUCAGCGCCGCGGUGAUGCUGGAGACCCUCGAGUUCUACGCCCUGGGCCACCAGAACAAGUGA